AUGUCGCAGCUAUGGGUAAAGCGUGCAAAGGCGGAAGUGUCACGCCACUCCCGCCUCCUUGAAACACUGAAUCGCGUUUUCCCCAUGCCGUUUGAGGAGCGACGUUCGCGUGUAGGUAUGGUCUCGUACGGCACGUACCGCUGGUUUCGCUACUUUCCAAUAGUGCUUGUCCCUGCUGUGGUGGUUGGGGCAAUUCUUGAGACACGUGACAUUCCUCAAGAGCACGUCUUCACAUCAUUGCAUCUGUGGCUGGCUGACCACGGUGUGUUCCGCCACGACACAGUUAAGGCACUUAACCCAGCCUUUGAAGAUGAACGUCGUUCAAUUGAAUGGAAGACAAAUGACCGCAAGUGGCGGUUUACCGGAAUUGACAUGCCGUCGGAAAAGGAAUUGCGGGAGUUUGCGGCAAUCAAUAUCGAAAAGCAGCGUUUGUCCUCGUCGCGGUGA